AUGUCUACUCAAUUUGAAUAUCUUGCUAAUGAGCUAUUAAUCGAUAUAUUCAAUUAUGUCUGUAUUCAAGAUUCAUAUAAAAGUUUCUGGGGAUUGAAUCAACGACUUGAUAAUCUCCUUCUAUUAUUGAACAAAUUAUCUGUUAAAAUUAACAAUAAAUAUGAUGUAUCAUUGACUAAAGCAGUUGCUGAUCGAAUUAUUCGAUUAGAAGUUGAUAUUAUACAUAAUAUUAACUGGAAAUUAUUUUCAAAUUUACGUUCAUUGAUAUUAGGCCGAAUAACUUUCUCACAGUCAAAUGAAAUUGCACGGAGUAAAUUACCUAAUCUGACGUAUCUUUCUAUUUUGUCAUCAGGAUUUGAUGCAUCAAGUUAUCUUGCAUACCAAAUAUUCUCCAAUUGGUUUCCUUCUCUUCGUUAUGCUAACCUAGAUGGAACUGAUUUUCCUUAUGGACGUUCAUGGUCUCAAUCACCUAAUCUUCGUUCAGUAUGCGUCAUCAGUAGUGAUCCAAUUCUUCUUUCCCUUAUUCCUACUUCAUGCCCUAAUCUUCAUCAAUUUAGAAUCAAACUUGUAUCAAAUAGCAAUAUAAUUAAUCUUCCUCCAUCUUCUGAUCAAUAUGUUCAAAAACAUCCUCUUAAACAUUUGACUCUCUUUGAUAAUCCGGGUUAUUUAACACUUGAUAGAAUUGAUGUUCUUCUUAACUUCUUAUCAAAUAUUGAAAAACUCAAUUUAGUUCUAUUUGAUAUAUCAUUUUGUCAGCUUGUUCAUAUGCUUUGCAAUAGAUUACCCCACCUUUGUCGAUUCGAUUGUAAUAUUAGAGAAUCAAAAGAACAACAAAAUCAAAAUAUUGACAUCGAUACUAUUCGAAGUAUGCAUCCAUGUUUUAAUAGAAUUCAAUGUUCAAUUGGAAGAAAUGGCUGGCGAAUUUAUACAACACAUGAAGAAAAUAAUUAA